AUGGCGGCCUUCGGUGUCCUCAGCUACGAACACCGCCCGCUUAAGCGCCCGCGCCUCGGCCCGCCCGAUGUCUAUCCACAGGACCCCAAGCAGAAGGAGGAUGAGCUGACUGCUCUGAACGUCAAGCAAGGCUUCAAUAACCAGCCGGCGGUCUCUGGGGACGAGCACGGCAGUGCCAAAAAUGUCAAUUUCAACCCAGCGAAGAUCAGUUCCAAUUUCAGCAGUAUUAUUGCGGAAAAGCUGCGGUGCAACACGCUUCCCGACACAGGAAGGCGGAAACCUCAGGUCAAUCAGAAGGAUAACUUCUGGCUGGUGACAGCACGUUCCCAGAGUGCAAUAAACAACUGGUUCACAGAUCUGGCUGGAACUAAGCCCCUCACUCAUCUUGCUAAGAAGGUGCCCAUCUUUAGCAAGAAGGAAGAGGUCUUUGGUUAUUUGGCUAAAUACACUGUUCCAGUAAUGAGAGCAGCCUGGCUCAUCAAAAUGACCUGCGCCUAUUAUGCUGCCAUCACGGAGACCAAGGUGAAGAAGCGUCACGUCAUCGACCCCUUCAUUGAGUGGACGCAGAUCAUCACCAAGUACCUGUCGGAGCAGCUGCAGAAGAUUGCGGAAUUCUACAGGCAGCUCCCAGGGCAAGGCUGUGGUUCACCAUCUGGGCCAGUGUCCCAAGAGGUGGAACAAGUUCUGAAGCAGUGGGACUACAAUGAGAAACUAGCUAUGUUCAUGUUCCAGGAUGGCAUGCUGGACCGGCACGAGUUCCUGACCUGGGUCCUGGAGUGCUUUGAGAAGAUACGUUCAGGAGAGGAUGAGUUCCUGAAAAUGCUCUUACCCCUGCUGCUGAGGUACUCUGGAGAGUUUGUGCAGUCUGCAUACCUGUCCAGACGUCUGGCCUACUUCUGCACCCGCAGGCUUGGCAUGCAGCUGGAUGGUGCUGGUGGGCACCCACCCCACAUCCUGUCUGCCCAGGCAGGGAAUGCUCUUCCUUCAACUCCCACCCCUCAGCCAGCUGCAGUCAAUCCUCCUCCCAGCCCUUUCAGUGACUUACUCCUGUGCCCCCAGCACCGUCCCGUAGUGUAUGGGCUCAGCUGCAUCCUUCAGAGUAUAAUUUUAUGUUGCCCAAGUGCCCUUGUCUGGCAUUACUCACUGACAGAUAGCAGAAUAAAGACUGGCUCUCCACUGGACCACCUGCCUAUAGCCCCAUCCAACCUGCCCAUGCCAGGAGGGAACUCAGCCUUUACACAGCAGGUUCGGGCAAAGCUGCGUGAGAUUGAGCAGCAGAUAAAGGAGCGUGGGCAGGCUGUGGAGGUUCGCUGGUCCUUUGACAAGUGCCAGGAAACCACAGCAGGUUUCACUAUUGGCCGUGUCUUGCACACUCUAGAAGUUCUGGACAGUCACAGCUUUGAAAGAUCUGACUUCAGCAACUCUUUGGAUUCCUUGUAUAACAGGAUAUUUGGGCUGGGUCCAACCAAAGACAGUCAUGAGAUCUCCCCAGAUGACGACGCGGUGGUAGCCCUGCUGUGCGAGUGGGCAGUCAGUUACAAACGCUCUGGGCGCCAUAGGGCUAUGGUUGUUGCCAAACUCCUGGAGAAGCGUCAAGCAGAGAUAGAGGCUGAGAGAUGUGGGGACUCUGAAGUCGUGGAUGAGAAGGGCUCCAUCUCUUCGGGCUCUCUCUCAGCAGCCAGUGCUCCUGUCUUUCAGGAUGUCCUUAUGCAGUUCCUUGACACUCAAGCUCCUAUGCUAACUGAUCCUGGGAAGGAGAAUGAGAAGGUGGAGUUCUUCAACCUGGUGCUGCUGUUCUGCGAGCUGAUCCGCCACGACGUCUUCUCUCACAACAUCUACAUGUGCACACUCAUCUCCCGUGGGGACCUGGCCUUGGAUGCCCAUGGCCCGCGCCCGCCCUCACCCUUCGAUGACCCUGCUGAGGAGCACGACAGAAAGGAGACAGAGGGAAACAGUGGCAUCAAGCUAGAGGACACAGGUCUUUCUGAGCCUAUGGACAUUGACCACAACUCCAGCAUGCUCUUUGAUGACAUGGAGAAGACGGACUUUUCGAUGUUUUCUCCUCCAAUGCACUGUGAAUCUAAAGCCAGCCCUUCCCCUGAAAAAACAGACCCUGAGAAGGAAGCAAAGCCCCUGCUGAAAGAUAAGUCUGUGGAAGGAAUGUUGGCAUCCCUCUACGACCAGCCUCGACACAUUCAGUAUGCCACACACUUUCCCAUUCCCCAGGAGGAGUCCUGCAGUCACGAGUGCAACCAGCGGCUGGUGGUUCUCUUUGGGGUGGGGAAGCAGCGGGACGACGCUCGCCACACCAUCAAGAAAAUAACCAAAGACAUUCUGAAAGUCUUGAACAGAAAGAGCACUGCAGAAACAGGUGAGGAGGCUUUGAGCCCCUCCUUUCCAAAGGAGGAGCAUCUUUGCAGCUGGCUUAGUGGAGAGGAAGGCCAGAAGAGAAAAAAGAGUAAGCCAGAAGCAUUCCCAACAGCUGAAGAUAUCUUUGCAAAGUUCCAGCAUCUUUCUCACUUUGAUCAGCACCAAGUCACAUCUCAGGUAUCUCGCAACGUCUUGGAGCAGAUAACCAGCUUUGCAUUGGGCAUGUCCUACCACCUGCCUCUGGUGCAGCACGUGCAGUUCAUAUUUGACUUGAUGGAGUAUUCCCUCAACAUCAGUGGCCUGAUUGACUUUGCCAUCCAGUUGCUGAAUGAACUGAGCGUGGUGGAGGCAGAACUGCUGCUGAAAUCCUCCGACCUUGUUGGCAGCUACACCACCAGCUUGUGCCUGUGCAUCGUGGCUGUGCUGCGGCACUACCACUCCUGCCUUAUCUUGAACCAGGACCAGAUGGCUCAGGUCUUUGAAGGCCUAUGUGGGGUGGUGAAACAUGGCAUGAACCGCUCAGAUGGCUCCUCAGCAGAGCGCUGUAUCCUGGCCUAUCUCUACGACCUCUACACCUCCUGCAGUCACCUUAAAAGUAAAUUUGGGGAGCUCUUUAGUGACUUCUGCUCCAAGGUGAAGAACACAAUCUACUGCAAUGUUGAGCCAUCUGACUCCAACAUGCUAUGGGAACCAGAGUUCAUGAUUGACACUAUUGAAAAUCCAUCUGCACAUAACUUCACCUACACCAACCUGGGCAAGAGCCUCAAUGAGAACCCAGCCAACCGCUACAGUUUUGUCUGUAAUGCACUUAUGCACGUGUGUGUGGGACACCAUGACCCAGACAGGGUGAACGACAUCGCCAUCCUGUGUGCUGAGCUCACCGGCUACUGCAAGUCCCUCAGCGCCGAGUGGCUGGGUGUGCUCAAAGCCUUGUGCUGCUCCUCCAACAAUGGCACCUGUGGCUUCAAUGAUCUGCUCUGCAACGUUGAUGUCAGUGACUUAUCUUUCCAUGACUCCCUGGCCACGUUUGUUGCCAUUCUGAUAGCCCGGCAGUGCUUACUGCUGGAGGACCUGAUUCGCUGUGCUGCUAUCCCCUCACUCCUCAAUGCUGCUUGUAGUGAGCAGGACUCUGAACCAGGAGCACGUCUGACCUGCCGGAUUUUGCUCCAUCUGUUUAAGACUCCACAGCUGAACCCAUGCCAGCAAGAUGGCAACAAGCCCAUGGUGGGAAUCCGCUCCUCCUGCGACCGGCAUUUACUGGCAGCCUCCCAGAACCGCAUUGUGGACGGGGCAGUCUUUGCGGUGCUGAAGGCUGUCUUUGUUUUAGGAGAUGCAGAACUGAAAGGCUCUGGCUUUUCCCACCCUGGAGGUGUGGAUGAUCUCAUGGAUGAUGAGCUGGGCACCAGGAAGGCCAGUGGUCGGGUUGUAACUGUAGAGACAGCUAGCUUGGAUAUUUAUGCCAAGUAUGUACUGAGGAGCAUAUGUCAGCAGGAGUGGGUAGGUGAGCGAUGUCUGAAGUCCCUCUGUGAGGACAGCAAUGACUUGCAGGACCCUGUGCUGAGCAGCACCCAGGCCCAGAGGCUGAUGCAGCUGAUUUGUUACCCACACCGCCUGCUGGACAACGAGGAAGGAGAAAAUCCUCAGCGGCAGAGGAUCAAGCGCAUCUUACAGAAUCUGGACCAGUGGACUAUGAGGCAGUCCUCGCUGGAGCUGCAGCUCAUGAUUAAGCAGACAGCAAGCAACGAGAUGAACUCCUUGUUAGAAAACAUAGCCAAGGCCACCAUUGAGGUAUUUCAGCAGUCAGCAGAGACCAGCUCUGCUAGCUCAGCUGGCAGUGGAGUCAGCAGUAUCAGUAGCUCAGCAAAUGCUACAUCUGCCAGCAACAAAUCCAAACCCAUCCUCAGCUCCCUGGAGAGAUCAGGAGUGUGGCUGGUGGCCCCUCUGAUUGCUAAACUUCCAACAUCAGUGCAGGGCCAUGUGCUGAAAGCAGCUGGAGAAGAACUGGAGAAAGGACAGCACCUGGGGUCAUCAUCCCGCAAAGAACGAGACCGCCAGAAGCAGAAGAGCAUGUCCCUCCUGAGCCAGCAGCCAUUUCUGUCACUAGUCCUAACAUGCUUGAAAGGACAGGACGAGCAGCGGGAAGGCCUCCUCACCUCUCUGUACAGUCAAGUCCAGCAGAUUGUUACCAACUGGCGUGAAGAUCAGUACCAAGAUGACUGCAAAGCCAAGCAGCUGAUGCACGAGGCCCUGAAACUGCGGCUGAAUUUGGUGGGGGGCAUGUUUGACACGGUUCAGCGCAGUACGCAGCAGACAACGGAAUGGGCUGUGCUCCUCCUGGACAUCAUCAGCAGUGGCACCGUGGACAUGCAGUCAAACAACGAGCUCUUCACCACCGUGUUGGACAUGCUGAGCGUCCUCAUCAAUGGCACCCUGGCUGCUGACAUGUCCAGCAUUUCUCAGGGCAGCAUGGAGGAGAACAAGCGAGCCUACAUGAACCUUGUCAAGAAACUCAGGAAGGAGCUGGGGGACCGGCAGUCUGACAGCCUGGAGAAGGUGCGACAGCUCCUGCCGCUUCCUAAACAGACCCGAGACGUCAUCACCUGUGAACCUCAGGGAUCACUCAUUGACACCAAAGGCAAUAAAAUAGCUGGAUUUGACUCCAUCUUCAAGAAGGAGGGUUUGCAAGUCUCUACAAAGCAGAAGAUUUCCCCUUGGGAUCUGUUUGAGGGCUUAAAGCACUCAGCCCCUCUCUCCUGGGGCUGGUUUGGCACAGUCCGGGUGGAUCGCAAGGUGUCUAGAUUUGAGGAGCAGCAGAGGCUUCUUCUGUACCACACACACCUGAAGCCCAAGCCCCGCAGUUACUACCUGGAGCCAUUGCCACUGCCCCCUGAAGAGGAAGAGCCUCCUACACCUGUGACUUUAGAACCAGAGAAGAAAGCUGUGGAACCAGCCAAGGCUGAUAAAACAAGCUCCAAUCCUGCCACCUCUACUGAAGAACGCAAGAAGAAACAGAGCAAAACCAAGAAACGCAACCAGUCUGCCAGUAAAACUGAGGAUUUUGUGUUGGGCCCCAGCCGAGGGGUCUCCUGUGGAGUUGGCAUGCCUACAGAUCUCCUGCACCACCAGUCAGGAAGCACUAUGUCCAGGCUGGCCUAUGGGCAGGCUCCAGUCACCAGUAUCUAUGCCCAGAAUCAGCCUCUUCCAGCUGGAGGCCCUCGCCUGGACACAUCCUACAGACCUGUACGCAUGCCCCUGGGCAAACUGGUUCAGAGCCGGCCUCCCUACACUGGGGUGCUGCCUCCAGGGAUGGGCAGCAUGAUGGGCAUUGACCCCUCCUACAAGCCAGCAGUGUACAGACAGCAGCCUCCAGUGUCCCAGGGACAGAUACUGAGGCAGCAGCUCCAACAGGGCCAAGGCAUUAUGGGACAGCAGCCUGUGCGCCAGAUGGCUCCAACCCCAUCCUAUGGAGCACUGCAGCCCUCCCAGGGGUACACACCUUACGUGUCCCACAUAGGCAUUCAGCAGCAUCCCUCCCAGUCUAGCACCAUUGUACCUCCCACCUAUUCUGGCCAGCCCUACCAGAAUUCCCACCCCAGUUCCAACCCUGCCAUGGUGGAUCCUGUUAGACAGAUGCAGCAGAGACCCAGUGGCUACGUACACCAGCAGGCCCCUGGCUAUGGACACACCCUGGGCAGCACACAGAGGUUUCCUCACCAGUCCAUACAGCAGGCCCCCAUGAUGAGUGGGAUGAACCAUUUGGGUCCACAAGGAGUCUCCUCAGGAAUUCGACCCAGCCAGAUACUACCUGACCAGCAGCAGCAGCAGUAUCUGAGGCAGCAGCAGCAGCAGAUGCUGAGGCAGCAGCAACAGCAGCAACAGCAGCAGCAGCAGCAGCAGCCCCCACAGCCGCAGCAGCAGCCCCAGGUCUCCACAGUGCCUCAGCCACAGGCGCAGGGCCAGCCCCCUGGGCUGGGGAUGCAGCCCCUGCCACCCCAGCAACCCAUCUUCCAGCGCCAAGGCCUUCAGCAGACGCAGCAGCAGCAGCAGACAGCUGCUCUGGUUCGACAGCUUCAGCAGCAGCUUUCCAACACACAGACACAGCAGAACAACAACCCCUUUGGGCGCUACUGACCUGUGGUCUUCAGCCUCAUCUGUGAGGGAGACAUCGCUGUUGAUUGGAUGCCACCUCUUCAGCCUGACCCACAAACUGGGACUGCCCCCAGCCUCUGCCCUUGAGUCUGUGCCCCCAGUGCUGCUGCUGCCCAUCUCACAGGGAGAUGCCAGGAGGAUGGUUUUUAUUGUACAGAAAAAGUGUUUUUACUAUCUCAUUUCUACAGACAUUUCUGGAGAUCUCUUGUGGCUGAUAGUCUCUCUUCCCACUUUGGUUUCAGUUUUUA